CCCCACACAUCGUUGUGUUGAACAGCGUGCAUCCGACAACAACGCUCCCCGAGUCCGUCGACCUUUCUCGCCUCUUGUUUGGGCCUUGUUCUGUUGAUAGCCGCCGUGACUGGCGCUUGGGGCGUGAAUCCUGCCAGGUUACCGCGAGUUAAUCGGAGCGCCUCACUUGCCUCAAGUUGUACCAUUCGAAGAAAGCAACCCUCGAGACAGCGGUCUCACAGCAGUCGACGGAAGGAAAUGCAACUGUGUGUAGGGCGGUCUAUGGCGAUGCUGGCGAUCGCGCUGAGAAACGCCAGCGGCUUCGUGGGGCCUGUUCGAUUCACCGCUGCGAGGUCGGCAGGUGUCGUCUUGAGGAUGAGCUCCGGGCCAACGUCUGCCUCGCGCCCUAGCGUGCCGGUCCUCGAUGCACAGGCAGCGGAGCUCAAGGCCGAGCGGCUUUGGGGCAUGGCGGACGCCCAGAAGCCGGGGUUGUCGGUACCAUCUGAGAGAUUAGAUCUUGGGGAGGUCCAAGCGGCUGCUGAGAGCACGUCGCGGCAAGAUUCGGUGAGCAUGCCUGGUAUGGGUGUUUUCGGCAAGAGGGAGAGGGACGACUUCAUCGAAGGGGAGGGGGAAACAUCCGCAUUGCGGCGGUAUCAGUACAGCGAUCAGCUUUUGACGGACGACGACAGCGGAGAAGAGAGCAGGGAAGAUGACGGCAACGAGUACUACAUUUGAUUGGCCUCGAAUCCGGACAAAGUUAGACCGUAACGUACGUGCACCUCACGCCACUGGGAAAGUGGUAUGUAGGCCUGGAAAUUUCUGCGAGGUACAAUCAAUCCGCCGUGGACCGCUUAUGGCGAAGUCUGUCGGCUGGUUUUGCUUAGUGUUGAUUCAACCACCGUUUUUUUUUUAUCCAGACGGCUUUCUAUGUAGCUGCAACUCCGCCUCGUCUCUGUGGAGGUGUUUCGCAUGUGGCUGACUUGUGCUAGUAAUCUACUAAAAUUGUGGAAGAAAACUGGGAACCCUGAGGCCAUGAAGUGGAAGCUUGAGCUUUAGCGUUGGGCCUGAUGGGUUGCGGUCGAUCUGCCUGCAACAUGUUAGUUUCGGGAAAUGUUUCACCUUGACGAAGAAGGCCUUAAUAGGAGAGAGCCGUUGUACAGGCAAUUGAUGAACUUUGCAAGGUGUUUGAGGCGGUGCUAGCGUCCCGCCGGGAGGACGGGGAAUUCUGGUCUGAUCGCAGGGAGACAAAUCAAAUCAAGAACGUUGGUUGUGUAGUGGUUCUUCUUCCAGUGUUUCCUGUGCUACUGUACCAUGCACUCGCCUGUCUCGCCUCUCUGCGGAAUGCAUGUGCUACACAUGCUCGCUUUGGUGGCGUUUGGUCUGCUGCUUGUUUGAAGUCAUGACCCUAAGUGGGACAGUCCGUGCAGCGCUUUGCGGUUCAAGGCCUAAUAGCAUGCAAACUAGCAGGCAAGUGAUUUCAGCCAAAACGCGAAAUUUCGGGUGAACAUUCAUGCCUGGCGGCAUACUUCUUCUGGUUAUUUUCGUACCCGGCACACCUUUUGCGUAAAGGAGAUGCUUGUUGCGAAGGGCUUCACGUUCCGUGGACGAUUGUAAAUGCAAGCACAUGCAUGAUUGGUCCCAUUCCGACAAUAUUCAGUCCGAUCCAGACAAGGAGGAUGGCUACAAGUAUUGCUGUCGUUCUUGGAAUCAAAAUACU